AUGGGCACCGCGGUGGUGAUCGGCAUGGCUCACGCCGGCGACCCCCUCACCGCCGGCUUCACCCCUGUGAGGCUGACGGAGUCCCAGUUCGUUGUGCAGAGGCCUUACGACGUCCCGCUCGACGCGCGCUACGAGUUCGCCGGCGGCGUGCGCCGGAUGUGGGCCUACUCCACUGACAAGCCCAUGAGCGCCACCCACCCCGGCGGCGCGCGCACCGAAACCAAGAUCGACCAGGUGUACAGGUCGGGGGUGUGGCAGUUCGCGGGCGAGGUGUACGUGCCGGCGGGCACGUCCGGCGCGUGCAUCAUGCAGAUCUUCGGGGCGGCGCCGAAGCGGCAGGCGACGACGCUGAUGCUCCACGUCUACGACGGCAGGCUCACCUUCUACCAUGACCUGCGGAGGGUGCUCGCCGGCGGCGUCUACGACCGGUGGCUCCGGCUCAACGUCGUCCAUGACGUGGGGGCGCGCAACGUCACCGUGUUCGUCGACGGCGCCGAGGUGCUGCGCUCGCGCAGCCACGGUGCGCCCGGCGCACCGCACUACUUCAAGUUCGGGGUGUACAAGCAGUCGCACCACCACCCGUCGGACCGCAUGGAGUCGCGAUGGAGGAACGUCCGAGUCUUCACCAAGCAUUGA